AUGUUCAGCAACCUUCUAAAAGCCACAACUAGUGACCUGCACGUUGUUGAAAACUAUUCAGGACAUCGGUGUAAAAUGAUUAUUAUUCUAAACAUAUAUAUACAUAUCGAGCGAGAUCAGUGGCUAGAUCGCGAAUUUACUGUCCGGAAGGCUUGGGCGACCUGGCAGUAUCCCAGCCCUCGUGCAACCUUCGGGUGGCAUGGCAGGCAGGCACCGAAAUGGUGCUACAGCAGACACUCAAUUUGCAUUGAGUCACAAUUUUUACACGAGGUUGAAUUCUAUGCCAUUGCGUUGUGUUAUUUUACACUGCGUCUUAUCACACUGCAAUGCCUUAUUUACACUCUUGAUACAACAAAAACAGAACUCAAAAUAGAAACUACUCACAAGGUUCCUGAAAAUCCGUCGACAGCCCACGACCGGUUUGGCCCUUCUGUUUCGGGCUCAUCAGACCUUCCAGAUUUUCUUUCAAGUCCGUGCCUUAUUUUCGCUGAAUUUCAAAUUGCCCUCCAAAUAGAUGCGGACGCUGCAAAGCGGUGGUCGUUGGACUUCCCCGGUAUGACGAAGAGUGCCUCCAUAUGUCAUUCGGAGGAGAUUCAGCGAAUUCCUCGACCAUGCGUGGUGAGAAAGGACCAGAAAAUAUCAUGA